UCUUGAAAACUUCAUAAAAAAGACCAGACUUUUUCAAAGCAAAGAAGUGGAAACAAUGGAGGAGAUGAUGAAGAAGAGAGAGGAGCAAGUGCAAGGCCACCCUCUCUUAAGAGGAAGAAGCAUCACAGAGAGCACUGUCUUCAACCAUGGCUUCUCAGCACCUCAACUUCAAUCACUCUCAGCCAUGUGUGAAGCUUUCAUCCCUUCUUUGCCAGACAUGGCUGCCCAUGUUAGUAGUGGCAAGGAGGAAUCACUUUGCAAGAACAUUCAAGCUUUCUAUUUGGCUUCUGCUUCUCAGGCUCCAAUCCCUGAUAUGGUUGCAGAGAUGUUGGAGAAGAGAUCAAUUUCAGAAGGUUUAGUUUUGGUGAAGAUUGUUCUAUGGCUUCUAUCAACAAGAUUAGGAACACUUGUCCUUUGUGGCACUCUGAGCUUGCACAGAGGGUUCCCAUUCAUUAAUAAAUUCUCAGACAUGAGUUUGGAUAAGAGAGAAGAGGUCCUGAAGAGAUGGACAAAGGGCAAGUGCUUCAAAACUCUUAGAAUGGUCUUUCUCAUGGUCAAAAUCAUCUGCUUCUUUGUUUUCUUCUCUAUGACUAAUGAACAUUCAGAAAAUCCAUCAUGGAAAGCAAUUGGAUACUACUUACCAACAACAUCAAAGAAGACAUCAGAAACACAAGAACGACGGGAAAGACCUCUUGAGAAAGGAAUUAUAGAAAGUAUUAACCAAACAAAUUCAUCGCUCUUUGAAUCUCUCACUGAAAAGGGCCUCAAAGUGACAGAAAACUCUAAUGAGAAUUUAUACAGAAUUGAAUGUGAUGUAGUGAUCGUCGGAUCAGGCUGCGGUGGUGGAGUUGCUGCUGCUGUGCUUGCAAGUAAAGGUCACAAAGUAGUUGUUAUAGAAAAAGGCAAUUACUUCACAUCUGAUGACUAUACAUCCAUAGAAGGCCCUUCACUGGAUCAACUGUAUGAAUGUGGUGGUAAUUUCAGUAGUCUUGAUGGCAAAAUGAUGCUUAUGGCUGGUACUGCAGUAGGAGGAGGCUCGGCGGUUAACUGGUCAGCUUGCAUUCGGACACCGGGCCAUGUUCUUAAGGAAUGGUCUGAAGAACAUCAUCUCCGGCUUUUCAGUAGCUCAGACUAUACAUCAGCAAUGGAUGCAGUGUGUCAAAGGAUUGGAGUCACUGAACGUUGCACAGAAGAAGGGUUUCAGAACAAAAUUCUUCGAAAAGGAUGUGAGAAUCUCGGUCUCGAUGUAGAAUCAGUGCCGAGAAACUGUCCAGAGAAUCAUUACUGUGGUGCUUGUUGCUUUGGUUGCCGUACCGGAGAGAAACAGGGAACUGAUACGACUUGGCUAGUUGAUGCAGUUAACAAUGGUACAGUAAUCAUCACAGGAUGCAAAGCCGAAAAGCUUCUGUUAGAGAAGAAUAGCACAUCCGGGGAUUCAAAGAAAAUGAAAUGUGUAGGAUUGUUUGCGAGUUUUUCAAGUAAUGCAGUGACGAAAAAAUUGGAAGUAAGAUCGAAGAUAACAAUUUCGGCUUGUGGCUCACUGUUUACUCCGACGUUGCUAAUGGCGAGCGGGUUAAAGAAUUCGAACAUUGGCAAGAAUCUUCAUCUUCAUCCUGUCAUAUUUGCAUGGGGAUACUUUCCAGACAAAGUAUCAGAAAUUGAAGGCAGAGUAUUUGAAGGUGGGAUCAUAACAUCACUGCAUAAAGUAGCAAAUGGAAGAGCCAUUAUAGAGGCACCAUCAGUUGGUCCUGCUUCAUUUGCUUCGAUAUUUCCAUGGAAUUCAGGAAGGGACAUGAAAGAAAUGAUGCUGAAAUACAGUAGAACUGCGCAUUUGUUUGCGCUUGUUAGAGAUCAAGGUUCAGGAUCAGUGCGAGGCGAAGGGAGGAUAAGCUAUGCAUUCGACAAGUUCGACGAGGAAAACUUGGUUGUAGGACUAAGGACAGCACUUAGAAUACUAGUUGCUGCCGGAGCAGUGGAAGUAGGUACUUACCGAAGUGAUGGACAGAGGAUGAAAUGCAAAGGGAUUAAAGAGGAGGAGUUGGAGGAGUUCUUGGAUGGUGUAGUUUGUGCCGGGGGACCGAAGUCGGGAGAGGAGUUAUGGAGUAUGUAUCCUACAGCUCAUCAAAUGGGGAGUUGUAGAAUGGGUGUUAGUGAAGAGAAGGGUGGUGUCGAUGAGAAUGGAGAGAGUUGGGAGGCAAAGGGAUUGUUUGUUUGUGAUGGGAGCUUGUUUCCUACUGCACUUGGAGUGAAUCCUAUGAUCACAAUUCAAUCCAUUGCUUACUGUCUUUCUAACAAGAUUGCAGAAUCUUUGCAGAGUGAAAGCAUUUGAUGUUUACCUGUUUGCUGGAGUUCAUUUCCGAUUGCCGAAUAAUUUAUGAUGAUGUUCUUCACUUCCUAUGGAAAUAUAAGAAAACUGAAUGAUUCUUUUAACAAAAUCAAGGUCCAGUGUAGCUGAAUUACAAUAAAGGAAAACUGAGAAAAAUA